AAAAGGCUCCAUGAAAAGUUGGUAGCGCUCCGAUUUUGCUAGCAUUUUGGAGUCUCUGCUGACCUCGGAAGGGGUUUUGUCUUUAAAGAACGCAAAGCAUGUAUUAUAUCAGCCCAGGGAGAAAAGAGGUUAACGUAUUGGUUUGCCAGAGAGAAAGGAAUAGAUGUUGCCAGGCAUCUUUCGCUGAGUGUAAAUGUCCCUCUUUCCAGAAAUCCUGAUUCUGCUGGAGAAGCACAGCCCUUCCAGAAAGGUGAUUUCAUAAGGGUUUCUUACAUGCCAGGGGAACCCCCCCCACACACACACAACCGUAAUAACCUUCCCCUUCCUAACUCCCACCUCCCCUAAGCUAUUCAGUAACACUCUGAGUAAGGCAGCCUGAAAAGAAGCCCUUCCUUAAGGCAUUAUUGAGUUUGUGGCUGUCCUCAAGGAAGAUGUGCAGGGCUGUGUUUGUUAAUGGUCUAAUGACACUUGGAUUAACAGGAGCACAUCAACACGUGAUUAUUUGCAAUGAAUCGCUCAUGCUAGAAAAGUUGCCCAAAUGUGGAAAAUCCUUUGAAGAGAUGAUGAAGAGAGUGGACUCUAAAAAAUGGUGCAAUCUAACGGAAUUUAUCACGUAUUACAACAAUUUCAGUAUCUGCACAGAACGGGAAGCCAACGCUGCAAGUUGCUUUUGGCCAAACUCACUCGCACAGGGCUUCAUCACUGGAAUUCAUAAACAAUUCUUUUCAAACUGUACUUCAGAAAAGGUUCACUGGGAAGAUCCUCCGGAUGAAAUUCUCAUGACUCUGAUCUUAAUCCCAGUAUUGUUGAUGAUUGCCAUGAUAACUGUGGUGGUGUGGUGCAGUAAGAGAAGUGACAUUCUAGUGUAAGCCAUUCUGCUGGCUUUUCUCAACCCAUUCUGCACUAAUUUUUUUGUAAAGAAAAGAAGAAGAAUUGGAAAUAUCAGAUCUGAAGAGUUCUAACCUGUCAGGUCCUAAGGGAGAAUACUGUCCUAUCUUCAGAGAAGUAUUCUGCAUCUAUCUAAAGUCAAUGCUUCUCCAAUAAAAGUUUUCAUUGUGUAUGCAAAGACAUCAUUUUCCCCAUCAAAACUGAUGCCCAUGGUUAAUGUGUAAUGUAAUUCACAAUCAGUUCUAGCUAGUGGGAGACUUAUGAUGACAAAAUAACCUGCUAACCACAGCAGAAGUAAAGUUUCUUACCAAAAGUUAAACUUGUCAGUAAGCCUAGUUUUCUACUAUGCGUACGUAUGCACACAAUGAGGGACUAAUUUGUAAUAUUUACAGUGGGGCUCUUUUGAAAAUUCUAUGCUGGACACUUGAGGUUUUCUUUUGUGAGCCUUGUGACUUGAAUGGAAGUUUGUCACCAGAGGAACUUAACAUGGAGGUUGCUGAGGGACAUUGUCUCGGUGGCUAAUAAAAACCACACACAAUCAAGGGCUGGAAAGGUUGUCUUGGUAAGAAACAAUUCAUAUGGCCUGUGAUUAUCCAUGUGGAGAAGAUACUCUGCUUGGUUAAGCAGUUUCUAAAAUGCUCAUAAAGAUGACUUCUUAGCACUUGAUGGAAGGAUGCUGGCUUUUUCUACAGAGCUGGAAAAUGAGAGGAAAUGGGUUGAUCAUGAAUUUACCAUGUUUCUUAACUGUCAUAUGUCAGAUUCAUCAUUUUCUUUUCUUUUUAAUAAUUAUUUGUAUGUUGAUGAGUGUAUUCACUGUGUGCUCCUCAUUCUCACUUCACACCGAAUCUUCUGUGCAAGUGAUGUCUUGUAAAUAAAAAAAAUAUAACAAGCUUUGUUAA